AUGCGUACGCGCACCAGACGAGCGCAUACAAAGUCAUCCAAUGGCUGUCUGGCGUGCAAGCAGAGGCACAUAAAGUGCGACGAGGGAGGUCCGCCCUGCUCCAAUUGCAUCAUCCGCAAGGCCGCCUCCGCCUGCACAUAUCCGAGCCGGCGAACCUCUCGGCCGGUCUCGGCGUCGUCGCCGGGGCAGCUCAGCACCUGUAGUAGUAGUAGCAGCAGCAGCACAGGCAGCAGCACAGGUAGCCUAAGCGACACCAGCACAACCACCGCAAUGUUCGCCAACUGGAAGCGUGACCCGGCCCCCCUAGCGCCGGAACCCAUGGACCCGCUGAUGAGUCCGAUCCACGCCAGGCCAUGGACACCCUCGCCACGGUCGUUUUCAAGCGCCGCCGAGGACGUCACCACUAGCACCGCCAGCAUCCUCGGCGGCGGCUUCCUCUCCAGGACUCCAUCGCCGGACCGGCAGCGCCUCGAGCUGGAGCUGUUCCACCGGUGGUCGUCGCACACGUACCGCGGCUUGUGCAUCCUGCCCGAGUGCGCCAACUACUUUGCCACGACGCUGCCGCGGUCCAUGCUCCAGCACGAUUUCAUGCUCAGCGCCAUCCUGGCCCUGUCGGCCCUCGACAUCGCCCUCGCGAAUGUCGACCGCGGCCGCGAAGCAGAGGGCAGGAGGUAUUUGCAGGCAGCCUUCGAGUACUGCACCGCCGCGACGGAGCAGUUCCGCGGCGCCAUCGGGAGCGGUGGCUCUAGUGGUGGUGAUGGUGGCGAUGAUGAAGGCGGCGGCGGCGGCGGCACAUUCAACGCGGCACCCGUGCCCGUCACGCGAGACAACAUCCACGUCUUUACCCACUUUGCCACGCUCAACGGCUUCUUCCACCUCGCUCUGCCGUCGGUGUACGGCGCCAGCAGUCUCCCCGUGCACAGCGGAGUCAGGAGGAGUAAUAGUAUAAGUAGCAACAGCAGUAGUAGUGUUAGUAAUGUCAGCUUAAGUAGUAGCGGCGGCGGCGGCACUCCCACAAAAGGCGGCAUCAUCAGCACGGACGACCCGCCCCUGCUCAUCCCACCCCCGGACGACCUGGUCCAGUCGACGCCGGCCAUCUCGCGCUUCCACGCAUACCUGUGCAUGUUCGCGGGCUCGCUCCACACGGCCUCGCUCAACUGGGAAUGGUAUAUGUCGAGCCCGGCGGGAUCGUCGCCGCGGCUCCUGGCGGCGGCGGCCACGGCCACGGAUAAGGACUGGGAGGCGCGCGAGCUCAUCGACCCGGAGACGCGGGCGAUGCUGCACCGAGCGGAGCGCAUUACGCGCACGGUGCGGGUGUCGUCGUGGCGGCAGGGACGCGCCGUGGUCGGCGACGACGGCACCGGCCUGAGCGACGACCAGGUGUUCUGGGAGAUACCGUCGUACCGCGGCGCCGUGACCACGCUGGCCGAGAAGUUUGCCGAGCUCGAGCUCGGCCGCAUGGUGGCGCCCUUUCGCGUCAUGGUCGGCGGCAGCACUCGCACCGGCCGCCGCCUGGUCGCCGGCGACGACGAGCAGCUGCAGCGCGCCCUCGGCGGUGAGUAUCUCGUCGGCCUGGGCAGCCGUGAGCCCGUCGCCCUCGUCAUCACCAUUUUCAUCUUUGUCUGCGUCGCCCGCACCCUCAAGGGCCGCUACGGCGCCAUGUUGUGGUGGGUCAGGUCCCUGGCUGUCGAGAUGAUCGAGGAGACGACGACGAUAUGCAUGCGCGAGAUUGGGUACCUCGAGGACACGAGGGAGGUCUGCAAAUGGGCGAGGAAGGAGGUCGGGUUGGAUCCGUUAUAG